AUGCCCCGAUUUAAUCGACGGGAACAGCUGCCGCUCCACAUCAAGCGCGCCAUUUGUGCGCACCACGUCGAACACCCCGUCCUGCACCAUGUCGACCUAGCUCGAUGGUGUUUCUCCCAGUACGGGUUGCGCCCGGAUCGCUCUACGAUCGGCCGCAUCCUAAAAACCGGAGAGCGAUGGGCUAUGACAUCCGACGGCGACAACCCGGUGCGCCGUCGGGGAGGCGCCUGGCCUGAGCUGGAGCAGGCCAUGGGGCGGUGGAUAGCAAACGCAGAACCCGCUGGUGUGCCCCUCACACUCCAAACCAUCCGCGACCAUGUCGCGGCGAUUGCCAGGAACAUGGGCAUUCCGCCCACCUUCCGAUGCUCGAUCGGCUGGGUGCGCCGUGCAUUGCGGCGCCAGGGCGUGAGAUGCCGUGCGGCACAGGGCGAGGCCGCCAGCGCAGAUAUGGCGGCCGUGCGCGACGCCCGUGAGAAGAUGCCGCGACUCCUCACGCAGCUCGGCGUCGCCCCGCGGGACACCUUCAACCUCGACAAGACUGCUCUCUGGCUGUCGGUGCUUCCGCGGCGCACGUACAGCAGCGGCCGCAUACCAGGCCGCAAGGUCUCGAAGGAGCGAUUGACUGUCGCAUUCCUCGUGAAUGCGGACGGUAGCCAUGCUUUCCGGCCGCUUGUGAUCAGCAAGGCGAAGAGGCCGCAUGACUUCCGGCCCGACUACGACCCUGAGGCGCUAUGCUACUGGCGCCAUAACGCUAAAGGGUGGAUGACCUCGCCAGUAUUCACGCAUUUCAUUACUCAACUCAACGCGUCGAUGUUUGCCGAGGGUCGCAAAACAGUGGUGCUGCUGGACAACGCGAGCAGCCACAUGCUGCGCUCUCAAGAUGCAUGGAGCGAGAUCGUGUGCGGCGUCAGGACCACGUGCAUAAGCCACGUGCGGCUUGUCUUCCUGCCGCCCAAUACCACGGCAUUCACUCAGCCGCUUGACCAGGGCAUAAUCGCCACCGCGAAGGCCCGCUACCGCCAGCAUUGGCUGCGGGCCUUCUCGGGUUUAUGGAACGCCGACGGAGCGACUUCCGCGGUUGCUCGAUUCAGGCCGAAUCUGCGAGAUGUGCUCGGGUGGCUGUCGGAGUCGUGGACCUCCGUCGGCGCGCGCACCAUUCAACGGUGCUGGUGGCGCACGGGGUGUCUUCCCCUCUCGUGGUCACUGGAGCUGCCGCACGUGCAUGACGACGAGCCCAUCCCCGCAGCUUAUCCCGACAUCGAACUCGACGAUGACAUCGAUGAUGUCGGGACGCUUAUUAACAGGCUUGCCCUCGGGGAUGCGGCAAUGACGGCGGCGGAAUACGUCGCCAUCGACGACGCGAAGCCCACGUGUGCGGAAGGCACGGCACACCCGCCCGUGACAGAGGAAGAGAUGCGCUUGGAGGUGGAGCUCUGGCAGGCGCCGACGACCAUGCAGGCCGUCUACGACGACGCCGACCCCGUGUGCCGUGAAGCGCGCCGCACUGCUCGUGCGGCGUGCGAGAUGCUCAUCGGCUACGCCCGGGCCACCCGCAUCACUCCGCGCGAUCUGUGCGCUCUUUUCGACAUCCGCAAUCCAAUCGUAAUCGCGCGGAUGGAGCGGGCGAGCCCGGGAUUCAAUCUCAACGCAACCCCCACUCCCGAGACCCCUCGUCCGCGGGGCCGUGUGCUGCCCGACUGGAUGACCCGCCCGUCCCUGCUACAGCCGCCACCGGCCCCUGCUACAGCCCGCCGCCGGCCCUGCUACAGCCCGCCGCCGGCCCUGCUACAGCCCGCCGCCGGCCCUGCUACAGCCCGCCACCGGCCCUGCUGCAGCCCGCCGUGCUGCACGUGA